GAUGCUAUGACCCCCUCCCGGAAGUGGCCUCUAGAUCGGGUGGUGAAAUUGGCAGCCGGUAGCUCUCGGGAGCAGAUCCUGGGAGGAGGUCGCCCCCGAACUGUUUCUCUCCGUUUCCCCUGGAUCCGCCCUGAGUCUUCCAGAUCCGCGUAGUGAGGAAACGUCCCCACCACCAUGGGGGGCGGAGACCUGAAUCUGAAGAAGAGCUGGCACCCCCAGACCCUCCGCAAUGUGGAGAAAGUGUGGAAGGCCGAGCAGAAGCAUGAGGCCGAGCGGAAGAAGAUCGAGGAGCUUCAGCGCGAGCUGCGGGAGGAGAGGGCCCGGGAAGAGAUGCAGCGCUACGCAGAGGAUGUCGGGGCCGUCAAGAAAAAAGAAGAAAAAUUGGACUGGAUGUACCAGGGUCCUGGUGGGAUGGUGAACCGUGAUGAGUACCUGCUGGGGCGCCCCAUUGACAAAUAUGUUUUUGAGAAGAUGGAGGAGAAGGAGGCAGGCUGUUCUUCCGAGACAGGGCUCCUCCCAGGCUCUAUCUUUGCCCCAUCAGGUGCCAAUUCCAUGCUUGACAUGGCCAGCAAAAUCCGAGAGGACCCACUCUUCAUCAUCAGGAAGAAGGAAGAGGAGAAAAAAAGAGAGGUAUUAAAUAAUCCUGUGAAAAUGAAGAAAAUCAAAGAAUUGUUGCAAAUGAGUCUGGAUAAAAAGGAAAAGAAGAAAAAGAAGGAGAAGAAAAAAAAGCACAAGAAGCACAAGCACAGAAGCUCGAGUAGCGAUCGUUCCAACAGUGAGGAUGAGCACAGCCGGGGGAGAUCUCAGAAGAAAAUGGCAAAUUCCUCCCCUGUUUUGUCCAAAGUCCCUGGAUAUGGCUUACAGGUCAGGAACUCUGACCGUAACCAGGGACUGCAAGGUCUUCUGAUGGCCGAGCAAAAGAGAGCGCAUGGGGUAAAGAACCAUUCCAGGUCCAGAAGCUCCUCCCACUCACCCCCUAGACAUGCCAGCAAGAAGAGCACCAGGGAAGUGGGGUCCCGGGACAGGAGGUCUCGAUCCCCAGGCAGAAGGUCACGGUCCCCGAGGCCCAGCAAACCACACAAUUCUAAGGUGAACAGGAGAGAGAGAGGCCAAACUAAGAGCCCAUCACCCAAAAAAGAGGUCUACCAAAGGCGGCAUGCUCCUGGAUACACCAGAAAACUCUCAGCAGAGGAACUAGAGCGAAAACGGCAAGAGAUGAUGGAAAACGCCAAGUGGCGAGAGGAAGAGCGACUGAACAACCUCAAGAGGCAUGCUAGGGAUGAGGAGCGCGAGCAGAGGCUGGAGAAGCUGGACUCCCGGGACGGGAAGUUUAUCCACCGCAUGAAGCUGGAGAGUGCGUCUACUUCCUCCCUGGAGGAUCGAGUGAAGCGGAAUAUCUACUCUCUACAGAGAACCUCAGUAGCUCUGGAGAAGAACUUUAUGAAAAGAUGAAAACUGUCCCCUCUCUUACUGGUUUUCCUGAAUUUUCCAGGGAGGCUGCUGACCCCUUAAAACUUCUCUUUAUAAGAGUUCAAAUGACUUCUUCCACAGAUAUCAAAUGACCACUGUUCAAAGUGACCCUCGUCCAUUGAUUCCUGAAACAGUUCACUUCCUUUGAGAACCAGUGUGACCUGCUCUGUGGGACUCUCAGUAAUGUUUGCUGGGUGCAGAGUGGGUUUUGACUGUUUUUUAAGGACGGGCACUGGACCGUCCUGGUGUGAGGACGAAGGCUGCUCUCUGGAGUUGUACUACGUAUCAUGCCACUUUCCUCUUGCCUGUGUGAACACACUGCCUCGGUAGAAACCGGACCGUUCAGAAAACGCUCUCCAGAGUUACCCAGAUAGAUUGUGCUUACUGGGAUAGAUGAACAUUUACCUGAUUUAGUAGAUAAUGUGACAACAAAAUGAUGUGCGGUUAGGGCGGAGCCAAAGUGAUGACAAAGAAUAUGAAAGAGAAAACAAUACAAAAAACCCUAAAUGAACUGUUCAGUAUUCGGAACUGUAAAAGUAUAAUGUAUAUAUGUACAAAUGUAUAAUUUUUACAUGCUUUUAAAAAAGUUAGCUUUGUGAGAAUAUUUUGUUUGAUUAAUGACUUUGCUAUGUAAUAGAACCACAUCAGACCUUGUUAGCAAGUAAUACAGUGAGGGAGUCCAGCUCAUUUUUCUCUCUGAAUCCAGCUGGUUUAGGAGGAGCCUGGGUUUAUUGAUAGGACCUAGGGUAUCUGUCCUUUUCUGCUGCUUGGAUUCUCUAAUGUAGGCAGUGCACCAGUGUAGUCAAAUGGUUUUAGGAGACAGGAACAAAUUGCCAGUAUGCUCCCUGGCUCCUAAAGUAAAAUAAAAUGGAAGCUAUUUA